CGCGCCCGUGUGUCGUAUCAUGGCGGCGCCCAGCGAGCGGACAAAGGAGGCCUGGGAAUUAGGAAAGAGCGGUGAACUGAAACUUGGCGUGGCAGAGGAGGCGGGGAAACCGGGGAGGAGGAGCCAAGAGGAGGAAGAAAAAACAGUGAAAAGAGGUGGGGGGCAGGGGCAACGGGAGGAAGCUGAAGUUUCGGGGCGGGGUGAGGAGAAUGAUAAGGCCGGAGCUUUGCUAAGGCCCGAGAACGGAAGACUUAAAGCUGUGCUGGACUCAGAAGAGGAAGAUGGCGACUUACUAGAACUAGUCAGACCCCAAGCCUCGAGACCAGAUUCUGGGCACACGGUGGAGAAAAUGCCUUCUGAACAGAGCGCUGGCCGAGGAGAGGACGCUAAAGGCCCAAGUCAGACCACAUGUGAGGUUUGUGGAGCAUGUUUCGAGACCAGGAAGGGCCUGUCCAGCCACGCACGCUCCCACCUACGGCACCUGGGGGUGGCAGAGUCGGAAAACAGUGGGGCCCCCAUUGACCUGCUCUACGAGCUGGCUAAGCAGGGCAAGUUGCCACAGGAUGAAAACUUAUUGGGGGCCAAGAAGUCAGCAAGCCCCCGGACAGCAUCCCCAAGGGGCCAAUGGGGGGACGAGGACGGGCCCCUGAAUCUGACCUUGGACGGAGAAUCUGGAAAAGAGACAGACUGCCAGUUUUGCGGUGCCUGGUUUGAGACGCGUAAAGGACUUUCCAGCCACGCCCGAGCACACUUGCGUCAUCUCGGAGUAAACGAUCCUGAUGCCAAAGGUUCCCCAAUUGCCGCACUUUACGCUCUCAUCAAAAGUGAAGAGUUUAAAAAGCGUUUGUCUAGUCAGGGAAGCGAUGAAACAGAUUCAAUCACCAAGGCCCCUGGGGAGAGCGCCUCUACUGAAGCUGCUAUGAGCACAAGUCAGGCCAGCAGUGGGGCAGCUCGGGCCAAGUUAACAGACGGCGGUACUUUUACGAAGAUGGCAGAUAGUUUGGUUAAAGGUGACGAUGGCCCUUCUAAAACUCCUAAAAGUAACGCCCACUCCUUGAAUGCAGAAGGCGCUGGUAGAAUGAUGGCAAGUAGUGGCUCUUCAGAAACAUCUCCACAUUUUAAGAGCCCCAAUGGAGCUUCAGCCGGAACUCUUGUCACAAUUGGUGAUUCCGGCUCCCCGCGUUCCAUGGUACCUGAUGCUGGAAUUCACCAGAAGUUAGCCGAGACCCCACAUGGUCAUGUUAAGACAGAAGUUGGACGUUCCCAUGGUAAGAUGGCAGUAGCUCGGCCUCAGUCAAAAUCAUCCCUAACAGGUCUCAUUCACUCCAGACCAGCAGUUAACCGUACUCCACCAGCUAAGAAACUGAAAAUGUCUCCAGCCUGCAAGGCAAGCUCGGAAGCUUUCUGGUCACCCAACAGUUCACCCUCACCUUUAAAUCUGUCCCCGGGUUCAGAGGAAGUCCGCUGCGAGUUGUGCGGCGAGUUCUUUGAGAACCGAAAGGGCCUGUCGAGCCAUGCGCGAUCCCACCUGCGCCAGAUGGGGGUCACUGAGUGGCACGUCAACGGCUCGCCCAUCGACACCUUGCAGGAGAUCUUGGCCAGAGGGGCCUUUCCCAGGGCUGCCAACAGAGUUGGAGGGUCCGGCUCACAGAAGCUUCUUUCACUUCCUUCUCCAUCUUCCCCCUCGAGGCCUUUCCCUUACAGUGGGUUGUCUCCAGCCAUGCAUCGCAAGCCUCACCGGCUGCCCUCCUAUCCACAUGGCGACUGGUCCUCCGAUCUCUCGCCUCUCAACCUGUCCUCUCGAGCCGACCCCUCGCGGGAUAUCCGCUGUGAGUUCUGCAAUGAGUUCUUUGAGAAUCGAAAAGGCCUGUCAAGCCACGCGCGGUCUCACCUGCGCCAGAUGGGAAUCACAGAGUGGCACGUCAACGGCUCUCCCAUUGAUACUCUACGGGAAAUAAUCCGAAAGAGGCGUCUGCCCCCACAUGUCUCAAACAUUAAAAAAGAGCCACGGACUAAUGAUGAGCCCACUAGUCCUUCACACACGCUAUCGCCCCUUAGUCUCAGUCCAUCGGGUAUGGGGCGGGAGCAUCCUGUCUCAUCUCUUACAGGAAGACCCCACAACACAUUCUUAUCCCCAAUGUCUCCUAAGAGACAAGCUUCUCAUGAGCCUCAUCUAAGCCACUCUGAGCCAAAACGCUAUGUCCAUUUAGAACCAAAGUCCAGCAACCAAGUACAAAGAAAAGUUUACCUGCAAGGUGAGGAACGGCCCAAACUCUACAUUCAGGAGGACAACCGACCAAAGUCAUAUCUGCAAAGUGAAGGGAGGCCCAAAGCAUAUUUACAAAGCGAAGGGAGACCUAAAGUGUUUCUCCAAGGUGAAGGAAGGGCCAAGACUUAUGUGCAAGGAGAAGGAAGACCCAAGCCGUUUUUGCCAGGGGAAGCCAAGGCCAGAGCCUACAACAAAGCAUACAUGCACGGAGAAGGGAAACAAAAAACAUUCAUGCACGAAGAAGGCAAGGUUAAAGCGUACCUGCAUAAUCAGAGCAGACCAAAGCCUUUCAUGCACAGAGAGGGCAAGCUCAAGGCAUUUGUUCACGCUGAAGGCAAGCCCAAGCCAUACCUGCAAGGAGAUGGCAAGCCUAAAGCCUACAUUCAAACUGAGCUGCCAUUCAAGGUCAAAGUAAAGGCAUCUCCAGACAAAACCCCCACAAUGUUAGAGGCAUGCUGUGAACUGUGCGGCCUGUACUUUGAGAACAGGAAGGCCCUUGCGAGCCAUUCGCGUGCACACUUGCGGCAGUUUGGAGUCACUGAAUGGUGCGUCAAUGGCUCUCCUAUAGAGACGCUGAGAGAAUGGAUGAAGCAGAGACCUCAGAAAGCUGGAGCCUAUCUCAGUUAUAUCCAGGAAGGGCGCCCUUUAUCCAAGAAAUUCAAGCGCUCCAAUCAAAUACCCAAAGCAGCAACAGCGGAGAGCCCAGUGACUCCAUCUGCAAAGAUGUUUGAGGCAGAGCGGAUCCAUGGCAUCCCGUCAGCAGCAACAGAAAAGCCAGCAGAUGGACCAGUGCACAGGACAGAGCGGCGCCAAUUGAAGCCAUCUGAGGUUCCUCCAUCGAGGGAAGAUGGAGUCGGUGAGCUCAUCCCCAAAACAGAAGACACAAGACCACCUCCAAGGGCACGGCCUGUCCCAUCCUUGGUUCCCAGGCCGCCCCAGACCUCUCUAGUGAAAUUUGUGGGGAACAUAUACACACUGAAGUGCAGGUUCUGUGACAUCCAGUUCCAGGGUCCCCUCUCCAUCCAGGAACAAUGGGUUCGCCAUCUGCAGCAUCACAUCCUGGAAAUGAAUUUCUCCAAUCCACCGAGUUCUCCAACUCUGACAUCCCCUGCACAGCCAGAGCCAGCCGUAGCUCAGUAGGGGACAAAUAGACUGCGACUGACUGCAAACAGCAGACUGCAGCAAAGAGGCUGAUUUACUGUUGCAAGUUGCGCAUCAAAUGUGGCGUUUAUUGAGGGUCCAUGGAACUUGUAAAAGAUAGGUUUUGGGUGCAAUGAGUUUUGUGAUAGGCCUGCAAAAUCCCAUUUUCUUUCAGACUUAUUUUUUUAAGCUAUUUUGGAAACUGGGAUGUUGCUGAAGGGGAGUAACUAGGUGGGGAAAGUGAGUGUCACGACUUGCCCUGUUACGUAGGGACAAUUGGUUGGUGCGUGGGGAAGGUUGGAGGUUUGUGUUGGGUACAGUUAAAGGGGAACUAUAGCGAACAUUAA